CACCCACUAACAGCAUGGUUGCUGCUAAGGCAAGUGUAAAGAGAACAAAGAAAUGACAAGCAAGGCAGUGAAUAGUGCUGGUAGUAUUCCAAAGGGCAUACUUUCCCUGCUUGUGUGGCUUACGCGUGCUGGAAAAUAUCAAGUCCAGUUCAAUCUUUGAAACAUUAAGACUGUGGUGUUUGUUACUUGCAGUUUUCUGCAGAAUGUCUUGCACCCAUCUCAGAGCUGACACUGCAAGGGAUCCUAACCAGCAGAUGGCUUCCCUGCUCUCACUUCUUCUGGACUCUUCGUUGUUCUUGAGUUAUUGGCGUUCAUAUUGACUUAGAAUUGAGACCUUCCUCCACUAGUGAAUGCACUCACCUUCCACCUCUUCAAGACUAGCAUGACUUCAUCCCCAGAAGAGCCAGUUGUGGCUUAAAAUAUAGCUGGCUUUUUCACACUCCAGCUGUGCUGAAUCCAAGAGGAGUUUGGUGCAGCUUGGACAAUGAAAGCCAAGACCAAGCAGUGGAAGCAGCUAGUACUGAUUGGGAUACUGGCAUGGGCACUCGUCUUCUUGCUGCUGUUUACAUAUUUCACAGACUCCAAAACAGAUGAGCGUCCAGCCAGCUCUUUCACAUUCACUGAGACAAGAAGGCUCUUCCCCGUACAGGGUAAACAGAGAGUCUUUAUGGGAGCUUUCCCAAAUCCAAAGGUCUCAGCAAGUCAAAGAGAAAAUAGCCUUUUCUUUGAGAAUGAUGAAGAUUCUGUGCAUUCAUUGCAUUUAGAUUCUUUGAAUGAUGGAAAUCUAAAAUGGAGCCAAGUGGAAGAUAAUGGUGAACUUCAAGUCAAGAUAAGAGUGGAGAAGAUGAAGAUUGGCAGCGAGCAGCACAUUCAACACAAGUUAAUAAAUACACUAGUUAAAAUUGCUAAAGAUGGCAAUAUGUACAAGGAAACAAUUAUUCAAGAUACUAAAUCUAAACCUCACAAAAGGAUAUCAAAAAAUAAGCAAAAACAAAACUAUGAAGUCGACUCAUUUCUUGAAAAUCUAGAUUCCUUAGAGCUAGAGGACUUGGAGUUUUCAAAAUCCAGUUCAGUGCUUGCCAACUUGUGGAGAGGAAAUGUUUCAUCUGGGAUGCUGAAUCCUCGUUUACGGAAAGCUAUGAAAGACUAUAUGAAUGAAAACAGGCAUGGUGUCCAGUUUCAAAGGAAAAGUGGCACGGAAAAGAUGAUUGGAGAAGAGCUUCUCUGUGAACUCAAAGACAAAAUCAAAGUAAGAACCCUCGACGGGAAGGAAGCUCCAUUUUCUACAGCUAGAUGGAAAAAGCAUUUUCCUAAAAUACCACUGAACAAGAUCAGGACUAACACACAGGCCUACAGAAAUUGUGCUGUAGUCACAUCUGCUGGUUCAAUAUUGAAUUCCUCCCUUGGCGAAGAAAUAGAUUCCCAUGAUGCAGUGCUGAGAUUUAAUGCAGCUCCUACACAAGGUUACGAGAAGGAUGUUGGAAGUAAAACUACAAUCCGUGUUAUUAAUUCACAAAUACUUGUUAACCCAGAGCACAAAUUUAAUAAUAACAUACUAUUCAAGAAUGUGGUUUUGGUGGCCUGGGAUCCUGCACCAUACUCAGUAAACCUCCUUAAGUGGUACAAGAAACCAGAUUACAACCUGUUCCUGCCCUAUUUGCGAUAUAGAAGAAAGAAUCCUGACCAGCCCUUCUACAUUCUUCAUCCAAAGUUUGUCUGGCAGCUUUGGGAUGUAAUUCAGGAAAACACUCAGGAAACCAUACAGCCAAACCCUCCCUCCUCUGGUUUCAUUGGAAUCCUUAUCAUGAUGUCGUUGUGUGACAAUGUCAAUAUCUACGAGUAUAUCCCUUCCAUCAGACAGACAGAUCUCUGUCACUACCAUGAGCGAUACUAUGAUGCUGCCUGUACCUUGGGUGCCUACCACCCUUUGCUUUAUGAGAAACUUUUGGUACAACGCAUGAAUAAAGGAAUGGAAGCAGACUUAUAUACAAAAGGAAAGGUUAUUCUGCCUGGCUUUGGUACCAUGAAAUGUUCUGGAGAAUAAUGAACUUUGUGCUGCUGGCUAAGUACUGCAAUACAGAAUGUGAUAGUAUGGCAAAGCCUGAAAGAUACUUGAAAUGACAAGUUAGGACCAAUUUCAGGGUAAAGGCAAGUUAAUGAGCCAUUAACUACAAAACAGUCCUACUGCAUCAUCAUGAAGCUUUUGUACCUCACACAUAUUGCAACACAUUAUUCUUAAGUAAAGUCAAAAUUUCAGAUUAAGACCACAGACUUACAAAGAACUUCCAUUUCCUCCUGUGCCAAUACUAACAGUUGUUUGAAUAGGGUCUGUAUGCUUUAAUAAAAAUGGUGGUUAGUUUUGCUGGAACACUGCUUGUUAUAUUGUCAGCAAUUACAUUUCUUAUUUAAGCUCAGUGGCAAUUACCAUCAGAAGUUAAGUUUUGCUUUGUGGAUUACUUUGCAACAAGUAGCAGUCUCUUUUGGCAAACAUGUGACUCCUCAAGUUCACUAUAAAUGACAGGAACAUAGAAUUUAGUGAA